AUGACGGAUUUUUCCUCUGAUUUGUUUGAUGAUGACAGUGACUGUCACAGUAGUUUAAGUGAUUUAAGCUCUGAAAAUCUUUCGUUAUCGAGCCUCUCUGAUUCGGACCUAGAUCUAACCGAUACGGAAUCUAAUGAUGAACAAGGAAUGACACCAAAAUGGACUUCCAUCUUACAAGAUAUUGAUGUACCGCCCUUUGUAUGUACUACGGGGCCAACGGAGAAAGUGCAAUGUUGUCGUGAUUCUUUGUGGUAUGAAUGUACAUAUAAUGAGAUGCAGGCAUAUAUUGGGAUUCUGAUCAUGAUGGGUAUAAACAAGAUUCCCGAUUACAAGUUGUACUGGAGUCAUAAUAAAUUUUUAAGGAAUGCUGGCUUCCAGGAAGUAAUGCCCUUAAAACGUUACGAAAAAAUAACUCAGUAUUUGCACUGCAGCGCAGAGAACACGGAGGAUACGCUUUAUAAAAUUCGCCCUAUUCUGGAUAUUGUUUCAAAAAACAUGUCUGAAUCCUACAACCCCCGGAAACAGCAAACCAUAGAUGAAGGCAUGAUAGCAUAUAAAGGAAGACAUAAGGCCAAACAGUAUAUACCCUCUAAACCCACUAAAUGGGGAUUAAAGGUUUGGCUCCGGUGCGACAGUUUGUCUGGAUUUUGCCAUCAGCUUGACCUGUAUCUCGGAAGGGACCAAUACAAGGGUGUUCCUGUUGGCCAGACAGUAGUCUUUAAACUUACGGAGGAAUUACAGGGCAAAAACCAUCACGUUUUCUUUGACAGCUUUUUUACUUCCGUUGAACUAGCGAAGGGUCUACUCGCCAGAAAGAUCUUCUGUUGUGGAACUAUUGUGAGGAAUAGAAAGGGAUUCCCUAGCGACCUGAAGUCAGUGACGCCAAAGUUCCAAGGAGAUUACGUAACACGACAAGAUGGCCAAUUAACAGCUACUGUGUGGAUGGAUAACCGACCCGUGUCAGUUUUGUCAACAAUGACAUCGCCGCUUGAGAUGGCUACUAAUGUAUCCAGGCGACUGAAAGAUGGUACAGCUGUAUCCGUCCCCAGACCACAAAGUAUCGGGCAUUAUCAAUCAUAUUUUAGGGGAGUUGAUUUAUUUGAUCAAUUGCGUUCGAAAUAUCCAGUCGGCAGGGCAAGCAAAAAGUGGUGGAAAUAUGUACUUCACUUUCUUAUCAACACUGCUAUCAUUAAUGCCUAUAUUCUUAUGAAAGAAAGUCGACCCCAGCUUCCUAAGAAGAAAUACCGACAGCUGGACUUUAGAAUCUCGCUAGCUCAGCAUUUGAUUGGAUCUUUCAGGACACCACUAAGGGCAGCAGGGAGACGCACCUUAAACACGCCGACAUGUCACAGUUUCUCAAAACUAGUGAAGAAAAGAUCCUAUUGCAAACAAUGCUCAAAGUCGACACCAAGAAAAAGGAAGGAUACUGCAUAUGGUUGCAGUCUUUGCGAUACCCAUUUGUGCGGAAAACAAUGUUUCUCAUUGUUUCAUGGGUUCUUAUCGAUAGAGGAAUAA